CUCUCCUCACUUCAGCACUCGAGAAGAAAGGCUUACAUGCUUAAAGUCAGCUUAAUAUUUCUCAGUUUUAAUUAAAGAAAAUAUUCACAUCAUGUGUACAGGAAAGUGCUCCAAGUUUAUUGGCAUCAGCCUUUAUCCGCUGGCACUGCUGUCCAUCGUCUGCAACAUUUUUCUGUUCUUCCCUGAUCUUCAAACCAUUUAUUCCCAGCAGGAAGCAGAGGGACUCUACCGUCUUGCAGAUGAGAUCAAAUACAUGGGAGGCAUUGUUGGAGGAGGCAUCUUGGUGUUGAUCCCUGCGAUCCACAUUCAUAGCACUGGGAGACAAGGCUGUUGUGCAAACCGCUGUGGGAUGUUCCUGUCCGUUAUCUUCGCUGCAGCUGGUGUGGCUGGUGCCCUGUACAGUGGCAUUAUAGCUGUGGUUGGAUUGAUUCGUGGACCAGUUUGCAGUGUUGAAGAUGGUACAUGGAGCAGACCAUUCCUAAACAGCACUACAAGCUAUUUGGGAGACUCUGACCUUUGGAACAUUUGCAAAGAACCAGAAAAUAUUGUGGAGUUUCACAUUGGCCUGUUUUCUGCUCUGCUGGUGGCUGCUUGUUUAGAACUGCUGCUCUGUGGAAUCCAGGUGCUCAACGGCCUCUUUGGCUGCAUCUGUGGUUCAUGCAGCCACAAAGAGGUGGCAUAAGUUCAAAAUGACAACAGACUGGAUCAACACAGGAUCAAGAUUUAUUACCAGACACAUAUCAGUCGUCAUUACCAAUCUGUGACCUUUUGAAAACGUGGGAGUGUACAGUGAUAAACAAUAAAGUACCGUACUUCACACAUACUUCACUGACUAAUACCAUGUGUUGUCUAUUAAACCAUUGUUUACAGAUUGAAUAACAGAUUGAGAAAAUGUGGCAGGACAACAUUACUGGUAAUUUCCUAAAUAACUAAAUGUGUCCCUGGACCACAUAACCUUAAGUCGCUGGGGUAUAUUUUUCGCAAUAGCAAAAACAUUGUAUGCGUCAAAAUUAUCGAUUUUUCUUUUAUGCCAAAAUUUAUUAAGGAUAUUAAGUAAAGAUCAUGUUCCAUGAAGAUAUUUUGUACAUUCCCUACCAUACAUAUAUCAAAACCUAAUUUUUUAUUAGUAAUAUGCAGUGCUAAGAAUUCAUUUGGACAAAUUCAAAGGCGAUUUUAUCAGUAAUUUAGAUUUUUUUUGCACCCUCAGAUUCCAGAUUUUCCAAUAGUUGUAUCUGAUCCUAAUAAACCAUACAUCAAUGGAAAUGUUACCAUUAUGACUGGUUUUGUGGUCCAGGGUCACAAAUAAAUAAAUACAAUUGGUCCAUUUUUGUACAAAUGUAAAUAUGUUACAGUUGUAUCUUUUUUUUCUUAUAAUGUGUUGUGAAAUAUCCAGCAAUAUCCAGAUGUUAUAAUAACAUGAAUGUAUUCAUGUUAUCAUUGCAAAAUAUAAUAAAAUAAUGUUCUCCAAACAUUAUCUUUAACUGGAUUUAAGUUUACUUUACUACUGUGCGUGUGUAUCAAGAGUAAUAGCACAUUCAACCACUUUGAUGUGGGAGGAUUUUUUUGACUUCGAUCUAAAUGUAUCCAGAUAUUUAAAGCAUUUAACUUUUAAAGAAAGCAUUUAGCUUGUGUAGUUGGUAGUAGUGGCUGAAAUAAAACUCAUA